UAUUGGGCGGCACUUCCACUUUACCACGAAGUCACGCCACGCCACAAACGACCUGGUGUAGUCAGCCUCCGUUUACAGAUCACACCAACAAUAUGACUCCAGCGGCUGACUCCCAUGGACGAGGCUCCACGGGCAGCUGCCAUUAUUAGAACGCUCAGCAUGCUGGCAAGGACAGUGCACCAGUCAAUUGCAUGCUCGGCGGCGAGCCGGGCGACCUCAGCAGCGAGACCCAGCUUGCAGGGGCAGACAACCGCAGGAAAGCAACGUCAACUCCGGCUUCUCUCCGCCAGGUCGGGUCAGCAACAAGCACCUAGUACCGCAAGCAUAUCUCGACGUGGAACAGCUCAACCGAAAGGGCCUGAGGUAGUCAAUAGUGGUAUAAGCUCAGUCUCCGCCGCCCAGCAAGCUGCGCCGGCUCCUACGAGCACUUCAUCUCAAGUAGGCUCCACCCUGGGGUCUGCGCCAAAUCCGGUAACUCCGCAGAUCUCAUUGGUACCUUCGCCCUCAACAAGCGGUGGAAAAAGUGAUCGGCUAGCAAUUCGUUGGGCCAGUGGAGUAGAAUCAAAAUUCCACCAUGUCUGGCUGAGGGAUCAUUGUCGUUGUCCUGCUUGCUACCAUCCCAAAACGAAGCAGAGACUGCUUGACACGUUUGCCAUCCCAGGAAAUGUAGAGCCCGUUUCGAUGGAAAGCACGACCGAAGGCUUGCAAGUGGAGUGGCCGCCUCUGCUGCAGGCCGCUGAAAACGGUGCAGUAGCGGCGAACGCCGCCACAACACACCACUCGCUCUAUCCAUGGCGAUGGCUGAUGCUCAACUCGUAUUCACCGCCGUUUUCUGCCGUCAAUGGACCGAGUGCACACGUUGUCGGCCUUACUGCUGGCGGGAUGGCAGGGCUGCCGCCUAUUGAGCGCGUCCUUUGGGGCCGGAGCAUAGGGCAGGCGCCGCCCACGGUCACCUGGGACGAAGUCAUGGGUCGCAAGCCAGGUACCGAGUCUUCGAAAAAGACAGAAACACAAGGGAGCCCUUAUACGAUGUCUUCGGAGCAGGCAGAUGUAAAGGCGGAAGGGAGCUCUCUCGAUCUGAGCGUGCAUGACGAGGAGCUUGGAAACCUCGGUCUUCUCAAGUGGUUGAGCAAGAUCGCCACCUUCGGCUUCUGUUUCGUCUCAGGCGUACCUGUGUCGCCUCUUGCAACUGAAGCUCUCAUCCGACGCAUUGCAUUCAUCCGCGAGACGCACUAUGGCGGAUUUUGGGACUUCACCUCGAAUCUCGAGCAUGGCGAUACGGCGUAUACGAACCUCAAACUACAAGCACACACCGAUACGACAUACUUCACCGACCCUGCAGGUUUGCAGAUGUUUCAUCUGCUCAGCCACACAGCCUCAGAGUGUGGCUCGGCGAAGGCGGAGGGCGGGGAAAGUCUGUUAGUCGACGGGUUCCUUGCUGCCAAGAUUCUGCGCGAGAGCAAUGAGACAGCGUACGCAACACUCAGCGAGGUGCGACUCAUGACGCACAGUGCCGGUGAUGACGACACGCUCAUUCGCCCGCUGAUGGAAGAGAGUGGGUACCCGAUCUUACAACAUACAGAUGACGCGGGUGGAUGGAGACACGGUGCGAAGCUUAAGAUGGUCAGAUACAAUAAUGACGACAGAAGUGUGCUUCGCGUCAAGGAGGAGGACGUUGACAGCUUCUAUUCUGCUCUGCGCGAGUGGAACAGGAUCUUGACAGAUCCAGAGGGCGAGUACUGGCAGCAGCUACGGCCUGGGACUGCAUUGAUUUUCGACAAUCAUCGCGUACUUCACGGCCGAUCAGCCUUCGUAGGCAACAGAAGGCUGUGCGGUGCAUAUGUCUCGCAUGAUGAUUACCGCAGCAAGCUUUCGGUCCUUAGCGCUCGCUAUGGUGACACGCUGCGCAGCGAUUCAGGGAGAAAGCACGGAAGAGGGGUGUGGGACGACGGCCUGUGAUGCAGAAGGACGCUUACUCUAGCUCAAUGGUAAGCGUAUCAAGAGGGAGCGGCCAGUAGUUCAUGGGGUUGUAAUAUGGUGCAUACAUCUAGAAUGAAAUGAUCGG